AUGUCGGCGUCUUCCUCGUCAAUAUACUGGAACAUCUGGCAUCUUGUACAGCAAGUUCCUGUUGGCACAAAUGGCCAAGCGAAAGCUUCUAUUCGACGCCGUCGCCUGCGUGCAAAGGCCUACGCCAUCUUACUGGACAUGGCGGAGGAGCCUUACCCGGACGUUGCUGAGGAUGAACGGCAGCUAAUUAACGUGCAAACAGCAACAGAGGAAUUGUUGCGGCUGCGUUCGGAGGGUCGCCACGGGACGGCCUCCCAGCUGUCCUGGCGUCUGGACCAGCUGUCAGAGCUCCAGCAGCAGCAGCAACGCUUUGGCACCGGCACCCAGAUCGAUCCCGUCAUGAUGGCCCCCAACACGGGUCUCACCGGUCCCGAUGCCUGCGAACCUGAGUCAAGCCUGACUCCCUUUCAUGGUCUCGGAGCGCUGGGUGGCGGCAGCGAUGGCGGCAGCGGAGCCGCCGCCACCGCUGCCGUUUUCGACGGCAUUCCGGUGUGUCAGCGGCUACGGUUGCUGCCGCCGCCGGUGCACCCCCGGCGCGCAGCCUCCGCCGGUCAGGACAUCUACAGCCCGGAUCCCGUACUGCCAGCGCCUUCCCCAUCGCCUCACCCGCCGCCGCUGCACUUUCUCGCCUCAGCCCGUGGGCCCCUGGACUCCCCGACCGCUGCGGCGGUCCGGAAAUUCACACCCGCACCUGGCGGCGGCGGCGCCGCUGCCAGCGGCGCCUCCGACUCCCCUCUCGACACCAGCUGGUUUCCCUUCCGGGACUGCGCCGGCCAGCCUCUCCUGCCGGCCCUUGAUGCCCCCCUGGAGCAGCUGCUAUUAGGUCGGACUGUGCUGCAGUCGUGGGGCCCUGUACGGACGGCGGAUCCAGCGCCGGCGGCGGCGGCGGCGCUCUCCAGGAUUGCUGACGGCACGGCUAGCAAUGGCGUUGCAGCCGGCGCCGCCGCCGGGAUGACGCCGGCGGUGGUCUCUGGGGAUGUGCCGUCCGUGGCUCCAUUGCUUGCGGGUCCCUUGAGCCAGCAGACACUGGUGCACACGCGCUUCCAUCAUUUCAAUCCGCUGCUGCUGCGAUUGGAUGGAACGCGGUCGGAGUGCUUCAGGCUGCAGCAGGAGGAGGCCAACAUCUUCACCGCGGCCGCGGGUGCCGCCGGCGCCGCCGGUGGCAACGAAGAAGACGGAUCUGCACCCGCCGCGGCUGCGUCUGUCAGCAACGGCAGCGCCGGUCUAGGGCGAGGACACGAACACGAGCUGUCACUUACAGAUGUACCGGUGCCCUUCGCGUUAGCUUCGCUGGGACUGAGCGCGGAUUGGUCCGGGGCUCUUGGCUGCUUGCUGCCGCUGCCGCCGGCGGCGUCGGCGUCGGCGUCAGCGACAUGGUUACCGUUGCCGCCAACGGCAUCCGCGGGGACGGCAUGGCCGGCCUGGACACAGGCCCCAGUACAUGCCAGGACUCGAACUGGUGACCUGCCGUCUCAGCCAAGCUUGACAUUUGCACCUAGCGGCAGUGUGUCUCUGGGCGCUGGCGACGGCGGCAGCAGCACGAGUUGGUUUCGGAUCCAGCAUCUGGGGGCCUCCGGAGGGGUUCCGUUGGUGGUUUCGGAGCAAACGUCCACCACCGGCCAGUCAAAUCGGUCGUCAAGGACCAGGGCCGUGUCGAUAGCGGCAUCGGCAUCAGCAGUGGCGGCAGUGGCGGCGGCGGCGGUGCCGCCGUUGGGGACAGCUGGGUGCCGCAGCACCGAGGAAGAUGAGGUGUUGUUGUACGACGUGGCGGUGAUGGCACUCCAGGGAGUGGGUUCGGCGCUAUGGAUGCUGCGCAAUGGCAUGAUCAGGUCACAUCGCGUCCGUCUGACAAGUCAGUCACGUCUGCUGUUUCAGAUGCCGUACGGGAGCUUCUUGCGUUGUACGACAGGGAGCUACAGGAGCGCCGCAGCGUCGUACGGCAACCGCGCCAGCGGCGGCGGCGGCGACAGGACCCCAAAGCUCCCUUCUCCUCGCCGGCGUCGCGGACGGCGGCUGUACGGAGUCAAGGGUCCGACGCUGACGCCGCCGCCGCCGCCGGCGGUGGCGGCGGCGGCCUGCUUGGUCUCCUGCUAUGCCUCGCGCCCCUUCGCGUCCAUUUACAGCGUCUCGCGGACGCAUGCAUGUGCGUGCCUGAUCCAGGCGGCGGCGGCGGCGGCGGCAACAGCCCGGUCACGAAGCGUGCUACGUCGUGGGGAUGACGACCCAGGUACGGCGGCGGUGGGUUCCCUGACGCCGCGCGGCGCGGCGGCGGUAGCGGCGGCAGCGGCGCCGCCGCCACCGCCGCAGUUGGCGCCGUCGCUGUGGCAAGUGUACGGCUUUCCGCAGGGUCCGGAGUUGCUGGACCGACUGCACGCUUCCUUGAUGCAGACCGACCACGCAAAGACACCUCUCCUGCGGCUGCUUUUCGCUGCCGCCAGUAUGCCGUACGUACGGCGUAACUUGUUGACGGCAGCGGGAUUGCAGAUGCGGUUGUUGGAGGAGCUUUCCGGGGAGCUCGGUGACAUUGCGGCCCGGUUUCGGAGGAUGGCGGCAGCGGAGGCGGAAGAGGCACGACUCAUUGCACAGCAGUACGACGAGGCAUUGGCACCCACAUCCACCCCCGCAUCAGCUGCAGCUGCAGCCGCAGCUCACCAAGCCUCUGGAGCCUCAGCUACAGCCGCCGCCGCCGGACCCAGCGGCAGCGGUGGCGGCAUGUACCUGGGCAAUCCCGCCGCCGCCGCCGCGGCGGGCGGUCCGCCACUGCCGGGUAUCCGGGGGACUGACUUGCUCGGUGGUGGCGGCGGCGGCGGCGGCGGUGGUGGCGUGGGUAGCGACGGUAGUGGAGCAGGAGCUUAUGGUCCGUGUGGCGAUGAGUUCAACUACCCUAUCGUGUUCGGGCUGGAGGCCCUUCAACAGGUUUCGGAGGCAGCGGCCGCUGCAGCCGCCGUGCGCGAGUUUGAGCUGACCAGCUUGUUAACGUUGCUGGACCGACGGCGGCAGGCCGCGGCGGCGGCGGCCGACCAGAGGGUCCUGGCGGCGGCGGAGGCGGCGCUGGCGGAGGCGGAGGCGGCUCGCGCCGUCAAGGCUGCCGCUGCGCAGGAGCGGCGGCUGGCGAGGUCGCGGCUGCUGGCGGAGCAGCGGGCGGAGCUGGACGAGCGAGCAGCAAGGGCCCGGGCGGAGAAAGAGCGCCGUGUUGCGGAGGAGCAGGCCGUGGCGGCGGAAGCGGUCCUCCGGGAGCACAAUGAGGCGGCGGCGGCGCUGGCAGCCGAGCUGGCGCGUCUGCGCGCGUCGUACGGCGGCGCGUCGUACAGCGAGAGCGGCGCCGCUGCCGCCGGCGCGGCGGUAGCCGCGGGCAUGCUUCUGGUUGACGAACGCGCCGCGGCGGCGGCGGCGCGUUUACGGCGGUGCGAGUGGCGGGAGGCGCGGAUGGCGUUGGCGGCGCGGCGGCGUCUUGUAUGGCUGGGCAUUCAGGCGGAGGAGCUGGCACAGCUCAGGGAGGUUGUCGCCGCCGCCAGGUCAGCACAGACCGCUGCCGCUGAGCCGCCGGGGCUUGCCGCCGCCACCGCAUCCACCGCAGAGCCCCCAGCGAAUUAUGAUGGGAGUGGCGGCGGCGGUAGAGGAGGCAUGUUCCCCAACAGAGACGACGGGGGGGUUGCAGACUUACCGUCGACGCCUGCGGCGGAACAUCAGCAUGGGGCUGACAGCGCGUACGACAAGGAGCUGACGGCGCCGCCGCCGCCGCCGCCGCCGCCGGGGAUCCCCGGGGAGGGUGAUGCUUUGUGGCUGGCGGCGGCGCAAUCAUCCCCUGCGGAGACGCCUCGGAAAGCUGAAACACCCCGUCAGUCGUUGACGAUAUCAUUGGCGGGGGUGGCGGCGGCGGCACCGUCAUCGGCGGCAGCGGGGGGUUCUCUUCGGGUGCUGCUGCCGGACGUCUCAGUGACGUCACCGCGGCUCACAUCCAGUCCGCGUUCCAGCGGUCUUGGUAGUCCUGUCGUCGUUGCGCAUAUCGCUCGACCGCGGCGCGCCACGGUACACGAUUUAGGUCCGUCACUCGCUACGCUGUCGCCCAUUGGGUUUUCCCCCGCCGCCGCUGGCGCGGCGGUGGGUUCGACGGCGAUGACGCCGCCGUCUACGGCGGCGGCGCUGCUGCGCGCACAUCGCGUCAGCGACGGCGGCGGCUCGGCGCUACGCACACCGCAUCGCGAUGUUGGUCAGCGACCCACGGGUCAUGGCCACAAUCAUCAUCACUCGGGCGCGAAGCGCAGCAGGUCCAUCACUGGCCUGGCCUCCUUCACCGGCGCCCUGUCGCCGUCUGUCUCUGGCCCUGCGUCUUGGAACGCGAGUGGACCCGGCGGCUUCGACGCCGCGCUGUCCCUCGCGGGCCCGGGCGACCCAUGGGCCCGUGGUACGACACAAGGUACGGGCUUCCUCCGUCCACCUUCUCCCGGCGGCGGCGGCGGACGGCAAGGGCCCCCGCGGGGCUAUAUGCCCUCCGCCUGGGGUCCAGGGGGCCGCGGACCCGCGGGUCGCGGCGGAGCGGCGGGUGGCCUACUGCUGCAGCUGCAGAGUCGACAGUCGCGGCGGCGCUGGGCAUUGCCUGACGCCGGAGGCGCCGCCGCUGGUCCCGGCCCGGUGGUGGCUCCGCUGCCCUUCCAGGCGGCGCAUUCGUUGCAAACCUCGGGGGUCAAUGCUCACGACGCGGAAGCGUUGCUGCGGCGGCAGCAGGCCUUGACACCGGAGGGAAACCGCGGCGCCGCCGCCGAGUGCGGCAGCUCAGCGGAGGCCGCCGCCGCUGACGGACAGCGGACGCCGUUGCCGCGGGCGUCGGAUACGGCGGCGGUGGCGUUAUGGUCGUCUGCGUGUCGCGGUCCUGCCGCCGCAACUCCUGGCGCCGGCGGAGGCGCGUGUCUGUUACCCAGCGAUCUGCCGUACGGAACGCCGCCGGACAGCAGCGGCGAUGUCAGCAAUGGCGGCGUGCAGCCGCGCCGUCGAGCCCUCUGGAAGGUGCCGGCGCCAUUAUCAGCCGUCACCGUCAACACUGGCGCAGCAAGCGCUGCCGGCACCUCGGCUGUAACGUACGGCAGGACGAGCAGCAGCCUGGUUGGGGUGCUUCCAGCGUCCUCCUCCAUCAAUCAUAUUGCAGGGCCGGUAGCCUUGGAUAGCUGGCGUGAUCCUGUAAAGUCACUGCUAUGGGAGUAUCUGAACGACCCACGGGUCGCAAAACGCAGUCAGCUCGCUUACUCGCCCUCGCGCCGCGGCAUCGGCGGCGCCGACGCCCAGUUUCAGCCGCCGCAGCACCCUUCAGACGGGCGCCAGCUGUUAACUUCCGACACGCCGCCGCGCAAUGCGUUUGGAGUUGUGGAUCUCAACCGUUAUACCGGUAUAGCGGUUGGCGGCGGUAGCGGCGUCGUGGCCUCGCCGCGGUCUCGCGGACGGGCGGCUGUAUCAGAGGACUUGGCUUACGCGCCCGUCGAUGUUGCCGUACAAAAUUCCCUGUACGGCACUGUACUGGCGCAAUACCGCCUGACGACUCGAGCAGUGUGGCACGUGCUCGUCCAUGAGUACCGCUUGCUGCAUUACUGCGAGGCGUUGAGACGCUUUUUCUUUUGCGAGGCAGGCGAUGUCGCCGGCUCUCUCGCGGAUUCCCUAACGCGCCGUGUAGAAGCUCGCCCCCACGUGUCGCCGUCCACGGCGGAGCUGCGGGCCAUGCUGGACGAGGCCCUGCAGGGCUGCAGCCUGCUGGCGGGCCGUGCCGCCGCUGCCGCCGCGCGCAUGAGGAGCAGCGCCGCCGCCGCCGCCGCCGCUGCUGUUGACGGCCAUAACGCCACCCAGCAACAAGAAGCUCGGAGCAGCGGCGGCGGGGCUGUUGCUGCUUCGGCGGCGGGAGAUGGCACCCUUGGCGGAGGUGCAGGUUGGGGUGUUGGUGGCGGUGAUGAGGCGGCGAGGGUGGUGCAGCUGCUGCAUGUGCGGUCGAUCCCGAGGCGGAUUCUCGGCACAGGGAGCUACUUCGCAUCCGACGUGCUGCUGGUUACCUGCCAGGUACCCCGGCCCCUGGAUACGGUGAUCACAGCGGACUGCAUGCGCGACUACGCGGACGUGUUCAGUAUUCUGCUACGUGUGCGUUGCGCAGCGUCCGUACUGACGGCGUGCUGGUCGAGACUUAACGCUGCCACCGGCUCUUUGGUGGCGAGGGAGCUCGGCCGGGCCGCAACUCAAAUUGUCACUCUGCUCCGACAGCACCUGCAGAUGGAGCUUCAAGGUCGUUGCUGGGAGAGCCUCUCCUCGGCACUUCAGGGCCCAUCACCCAAGGACCUGAUCAGCAUGCGGGCGGCGCACUGCAGGUACCUGGCGCUCGCUCGGGAGGUUUGCAUGCUGCCGCCUCGGGAGGGCGCUGGCCCUGGGCUGAAUGCUGCGGCUGGAGGAGCCGCAGGCGCAGUGCCCUUUACCCCCAGCAUUCCAUCUUCAGCAAGCAACACGACGCAACCAGCACCACUGCGGCAGCAGCAAUUGCUUCCCGGGGCCCCGUUAAUGGAUGUACUGCAGUGUACCGCAGCCCUCGCGACCGUACUGCGCCGCGCGCUGGUGGCGCUCGAGAUCCAAGCUGCAAGCUCCGAAACCGGCCUCUCGGCGCCGCCACGUCAGCCCACCGUGUCGCCCGUGCUGUCGGCGGUCAACUGCAGCGCACAGACAGCCGGCGGAGGAAGGCUCGCGGCGGCCGAUGAGCCUGCCGUACGUGACUCGGCUGCCGCCGCUGACGUAGCGCCCGACGACCUCGAUGAGCUUUGGGCUCAUGUCGUACUGUGUCAGGGGCGGUUGGGUCGGGCGCUGGGGGCCUUGCAUGGCGAGGUGCGGCGGGGUGCUGCGGGUUCAGCUGGCGGUAGUGGCGGCAGCGAGGGCGUGUCCGGACUCUUGAAUGAGAUGAUGGCGGUGUUAUCGGCCGAGCCGUGUCGUAGGUUGCAUUUGAGGGAAGGGACCAACGGAGGUUCCCCAAACUGGAUCUCCUGUGGGGGCUAUUACGCACCUCACACCAACUUGAUCAUUCUGCGAAUGUGUAAGGCGGGUUUGCUCGGAGGCGAAGACCGUCGGAAUGUGGUUAGCGGGCUCUGCGUUUUGAGGCGACUGCGCUGGGCAUGGCGACUUAAGGAUGCAGGGCCGACGUUACGCCGUUGCGAGGACGCUGACGCGACUUUGGAUGGCAAGGAUACGGCUGAUGUUUAG